AGCGCAGGUGGUAGCUGGAGGUACCUCGGUGCCUAGAGCUUAGCUGCAAGUCGCAAUCGCGUUCCAAGGUUUCGGUUCCAGCAUCGAAAUCCAAACCUAAAUUCUAAAUAGCAGGUACGCAUAAUCUAAAUAUAACCGACGCAACGUCAUCCCGUUCUUCUUCCAAUCCAAUACACAAAGUAAUCUCACUCUUCUCACCAUCAUUUCGACUUUGCCUUGCCUUGCCUUGCCUUACCUGGCAGCAUAGGUAAAGCUGUCUAAAGAUGGACUUCGCUCCGUACCAGUCCUCCCCGCCGGAGCACAGCAGACCUUUCUCCCCUCCGCGAUCGAAUGUAGCAUCGCCGCGCGCAUCCCUCGAAAACCGACGAACGUAUUCUCCUUCGAACCAGCAGAGAGGUUUCGCCUCUCCUCCCCCGCUACAACAUCCCCAGCCGCAGCGAAACUGGCAACCUACGCUACCUGGAUCUGCGGCCGGUGGUUACGCGGCCGAGGGUGGAGCGUACGUGAGCGAGUUCGACACGAGUCUGGGAAUACGGUUGGACUAUGAGGCCUGCCUGGCAUAUCUAGCCUUGCCGCCCUUGGGCGCUAUUAUACUGUUGAUCCUGGAGCGCAAGAGUGAUUUCGUGAGAUUUCAUGCGUGGCAGUCGAGUCUCCUAUUCACCGUCGUCUUUAUCGUACAUCUGAUCUUCUCGUGGUCGACAUUCCUAAGCUGGGUCAUUUUCCUUGCUGAUUUGGGAUUGAUGGGGUGGCUAGCCUUGCGUGCGUAUAGGGAUGCGGAUACGCUGGACAGAUUCGAAGUACCUGUUUUCGGCCAUAUAGCAAGUCGGAUACUGGACGAUGAAUGAAGUCCUCCAGCUUAGGGUUCGAUUUCUAUCUCCUUGAGGACUCGGACUGUCUGCAUUUUGUUGUAUCAUAUCAGCUACUGCUGUUGUUGCACAUAUACCCAAGUUGGUCUCGGUUGAUACCAACGUCAUUUGUUAACGCCUGAAUUCCAUGAAACUUCAAGUUCUACAGCCGCCAUAGCUAGGUAUAGGCUCUAAUAAA